AUGUCCAAGGUCAGCACAGGGGACGGGGACGCGGAUCGCCACCAUGACCCGUCAGCCGCUGACGGUCACGGUCAGACGGCUCGGGCCCUCGAGUCCGAUGCGACGACGGUCGCCGACUCAGCACCCCCAGCUGUUCCAGCUGCCGGCGUGCCUCCGGGUCCGGAACUCGAUGCUAAAGUUGAGGCGCAGUACCCUGGCCCUCUCAAGUUCUGGCUCAUUGUGUUUUGUCUCUGCACCAUCCUCUUCUUGGUUGUGUUGGAUAGUACGGUCAUCUCCCCGGCUGCGCCGGCCAUCACCGAUGAGUUCCAUUCGCUUCGCGACCUGGGCUGGUACAGUAGCGUGUACUACAUGACCCUCUGUAUCGCCCAACUGCAGUUCGGCAAGCUCAACGUCCGCUAUCCCAUCCGCAACAACUACAGCGUCUCCAUGCUGCUCUUCCUCGUCGGCUCCGCCGUCUGCGGCGCUGCCCCGAGUUCCGGCGCUUUCAUCGCGGGUCGCGCUCUGGCCGGCCUCGGGUGCUCCGGACUACUCGUUAGCACCUUCUCUCUGGUUCCCGUCCUCGCUCCGCCAAUCAAGAGGCCUAUCUUCACCGGUGUCAUCGGAGGAACUCUCGGCCUCGGCAUGUCCAUUGGACCUCUGGUCGGUGGCGCCAUGACACAGAACGUAACCUGGCGCUGGAACUUCUACAUGAACCUCCCGAUUGGUGCAUCCUGUUUCGCCGUCUUCUUCAUAUUUGUCCACCCUCCAAGGCUUGCGCCACCACCCCCAUUGACUCCCUGGGGGCUCUUCAAGUCACUGGACCUGUUUGGCCUCUUCAUCUUGACGCCAUGUAUCAUCUGUCUCCUCAUCGCUCUCCAGUGGGGUGGCACAGUCUACGGCUGGGAUAAUGGGCGCAUCAUAGCGCUAUUGGUGAUGUUUGGCGUGCUCGGGAUUACUUUUGGUAUCGUCGAGGUAUUUCAGGGCAUGAAUGCUAUGAUCCCCAGGCGAGUCGUCACACAACGCAGUCUCAUCUCGGCUGUACUAUUCUGCUUUACCAACGCUGGCUCCACUUACCCGCUUCUCUACUACCUGCCCGUCUGGUUCCAGGCUGUCAAAGGUUCGACCGCGUUAGAAUCAGGCGUGUAUAUGCUGCCGCUCGUUGUAUCGCAGACCAUAUCGUCCAUUGGCGGAGGUGUUGGUGUCUCGGUGCUGGGUUACAUCUGGCCUUUCAUGAUAUCCGCUUCGAUCCUUACCGCUAUUCCUGCUGGGCUGUUCCAGACUUUCACUGCCCACAUAUCGACCGGCAAGUGGAUCGGCUACCAGAUAUUGUACGGCUUUGGACAAGGUUUCGGCUCGCAGACGCCUCUGAUGGUAGCGCAGAAUGUUCUUCAGCUGGAAGACAUUCCUAUCGGAUCUAGUCUCAUCAUGUUCACGCAGACCGUGGCCGGUGCGGUCUUCAACUCUGUAGUGCAGGCCCUGUUUGCGAACAAGCUAGAGCAGGGCCUCAGGAAGCUCACAAUUCCGAGCCUCGACGUGAAAAAGGCUCUCGCCGGCGGUGUGACGCAGAUCACCGAGGGCCUGGAGGGCAACGACCGAGAGCAGGUGGUCAACGUAAUCAACGAUGCCAUGGUACAUGCCUGGCUCGUCUGCGUUGUCCUUGCAUCUGUCAGUCUGCUCGGCGCCCUGGGCGUUGAGCGUCGCCGGAUUCAGGGCCACGAGGCACCCAAGGCAACAGACAGUGCUAAUGAAGAGGGUACCACGGAGGAGAAGCCCCGAGAGCAGCCUGACGCUACCGCCGGUAGUGAACGUGAUGCCAAGAAGGAGAGUUAG